UGCAGAUCACACAGGGUCAGCAUGACUAAAUAUUAACAAAUAGAGACGCUGAACUUAUCUGCACACGUGUUGUACCAUUUGAAUAACGGUGAAACCAAGAAUCUAAUCCUUUAAUGACUUCAAACAAACGUGAGUUCUCUUAAAGAAGCGUUAAGGUGAGGAAACGUGUCCAGGUAAAUCUGUUUUAAGGUAACGCUGCCGUUAGAAAAAGGUCUGAUAAUAAAACUUGUUGGUUUUUAAAUCAGGAGAGAUGAAAUAAAAACACAAAGAUCAGGACUACAGUCUGAAACCCAGCUGGCCCUGUAACAACACAAAGCUCAGGACGGGUUCAGACCAGCGUGUCAGCUCUCACCUGUUCAAACACAGCGUCCUGACGUCUCUUCAGGUGGAGUCUUCAAAGAGCUGCACGGAUCACAGAGCAGACAAACAGGCCGACAUGGGGAAGAUCAUCUUCUACGAGGAGAAGAACUUCUCCGGACGCCAUUAUGAGUGCAGCCACGACUGUGCCGACCUGACGUGUCUCAUCAGCCGCUGCAACUCCAUCCGGGUGGAGAGCGGCAGCUUCAUGGUCUACGAAAAACCCAACUUCACCGGGAACCAGUACUUCCUGAAGAAGGGAGAGUACCAAGACUUCCAGCACUGGACCGGCGCCUGUGACUCUGUCGGCUCCUGUCAUCACAUCUGUACGGGCCAGCAGGCAGACUCCUUCAACGUGCGCCUGUACGAGCGGACCGAGUUCGGGGGUCAGAUGAUGGACCUGAUCGACGACUGUCCCAGCGUCAUGGACCGCUUCCACAUCAACGACAUCUUCUCCUGCAACGUCAGCAACGGCAACUGGCUGUUCUACGAGCGCCCCAACUACGGGGGCCGGAUGUACCUCAUCAGACCCGGGGAGUACAAGAGGUUCAGCGAGUGGGGCGGCAAGACGGCACGGGUCGGCUCCAUCAGACGCAUCAUGGACCAUUGAUCUGAUGGGAGGGGUCCGGAGCUGCAGGGAGGGUUUUGGAAAGACCUUGAGGACACGCUGAAGGCUGAAUCUUUGAGCUCUGAAUAUAUUGAAAACAUGAGACUAUGAAGAGUUGAUGUUAGCUAAACUCAAAGAGGGACCGUACAUCUUACAUUAAAGGUGAUUUUUCAACACAUUUACAUGUUUGCAUGAUUCAUAGAAACAAACAUCAUGAACCUGCUUCAAUAAGUCUUUAACAAACAGCUGCAUGGAUGCAACACCGUCCUGCAGACUACAUCGACUUAAAGAGCUUGCUCCUGCAGCUCACCUGCACAGUUUGUUAUUUAAAGUUUCCAAAAAGUUUCCAGAGAAGAACCUUUAUUAUUCAAGAGUAAGAUCCUUUUCUUUCACUCCAUGCAGCCGACACAUCCUCUCCUUAGAAACUCAGAUUCCACAGACGAAUCCAGCGGAUCAGAGACGGACCGGACAUGGAUCUGGUGGAAGUCCCUUGUCUGAGACCCAGCUAGAACGCAACGGAGUGGAUCCAGAGGAAGUUAACACAUGCACUAGAAUAGAAACCGGUUAGACCGGACACGGAGGAAAAUGUUGGUUAGAGACCCCGGUCUAAAACAUCCUGACUUCACCUUUAGAGGCACAGACAGGAUGAUGAAUCUGAACCUUCUCCUGUUGGAAACUCAACUCUGUGAUUAAUGAGACGUAAUAAACCAGGAGCUUGAUGUGUUUGAAUCCUCCGCCUCUUCCUCUUCCUCAGAAACCAUUGUUUGUUCAGGGUCUAAGAAACAAACCUCUCUCCCUCAAAGCUUGUAGAAACGAUGUCGUGUAAUAAAUUAAAUCCUGCUGAUGCUUUUUGGACCGCGCUCUCAUUACGGGCCUUUUGUUCUGUGGCAGUUUCUGGGGCGAGAUUGUGAUGAACAUGGAGGACAGAACAAUAACUCAUCACACAUCAGGAGUCAUCUAUACAUAAACAAAUUUUACACACCGAUCCGUCCACACACACACACACACACACACACACACACACACACACACACACACACACACACACACCUCCCGAUCCAUCAUUUAAAUGACAAUACUUUAUGCUGUGCAAUCACACAGGAGUCCUUUCUGUCUUUUUUUUAUAAAGCACAGUGGCUUGGCUCAAAGACAGCACUGAGCGCUAACAGUCUGCUGCCAACAGAACCAUG